CCAUCCACACCAUCAACGAAAGCGCCCCUGAAUUUAAGCUAUGUAUUGACGACAUUCUCUAUAGAAUAAAAAAUAUGGGACUAGUUGUAGAUAGUAAUGAAGCUAUGCGGUGCAAUAUAAUUGGUGAAGAAAACACAGGCUGUGUCGACUAUGCCAUCAAGAAAAUUAUCAGCGAGAUGCUGGAGGAAAUAAUUUGCAUAACUGAAGGCAACUAUAGAUGGAUCGUCUUACCUGUCACCAUAUUAAAAAAAAUAGAAGUGUUUGUGGCCGUAUUUGCAUCCGCUUGGCAGGAUGCUCGCUCUACUGGAAAUCAG